AUCUCAUAAGUAUAAUUUCUUUUUCUUUGUCUAGGCUCAACAAGUCCUGAAUUACAAAUUCCAUAUCAACCUAUAAAACCUCAUAAAUUACGUGCAAGAUCAAAAUCUGUAUCCCCUACAUCACACGAUUCAUCAUCGAUUAUUAUUGGUGCUCCAACAAAUCAUCAUUAUCAUUCUCGUAAUCGACAUAAAACUGUGCAAUCAUUUAAUGUUACUGUUGAUGUUCAUCAUAAUGAUGAAAAUCGACCAAGUCCAAAUCGAACAAUAAUUAAUAGAAAAAAUCAAGAACAAACAAAACGAAAUCACCGUGCCAAUCCCCGAACAACACCAACUCGAAAGUCCGACCUAAAAUACGACAAUCAGAUUCGUAAAUCUCCAACU